GCAGUCUGUAGCAGCCCAGGGCUCAGGGAGCAGACAGACCAUCAUUCCGCGCGCGCUGCAUCGCAGCCCCUCCACCAGAAGCCGCUUCCCCUGAACCGGCACCCGUCCUUUCCUACUUGUUAGGAUACAUUUGCGGCAAAGUCCGCACUUGCAUUUAUCACAACAGUCUCUUUUCGCGCCGCCGACUAGAUCGAAAAAUGUCUAAGUUCUGGGGCCGCGGCGAGAGCGAGGAUGAGGAGGAGGAGACCACUGAGGAGGAGAGCAGCGAGGAGGAGGGCAAGAGCUCCUCCUCCGGCGACAGCUCCUCGUCGGACUCUGACAGCGACUCGGACUCUGACUCCGACUCGGACUCGGACUCCGACUCCGACGACGACGGGCCCAACAAGUUCUUGGCUGGGUCCAGCGACUCGGAUUCGGACAAUGAUCGCCGCGUGGUGAAGAGCGAGAAGGACAAGCGCAUGGGCGAGCUCGCGCAAACCGCUGAGGACAUCCGGAACAAGAUGAAGAUCAACGACUGGAGCGCUAUCCAGGAGCUGUUCGACACGCUGAACGCGCGCCUUGACAAGACGCGCAAGUUCCUGUCUGGGCCGAUGCUGCCGCGCGUGUACCUGAAGCUGCUGGUUGACCUGGAGGAUUACCUGAAUGAUACUCUGGCGAACAAGGAGCUGGUGAAGAAGAAGAUGUCGUCCACGAACGCGAAGGCGCUGAACACCAUGAAGCAGCGCCUGAAGAAGCACAACACGCCCCUGCUGGAGCAGCUCAACAAGGUCCGCGAGAACCCCGACGAGGAGGACGAGGUGUCGGAGGCGGACAGCAGCAGCAGCGAGAGCGGCAGCGACGACGAGCGCGACGCCGAGGAGCGCAAGCAGGGCGCCCUGGCCGCCAAGGCCAAGGACAAGCUGCUGACCAUGGACCCCAAGGAGAUCACCUACGAGAUGGUGGCGCGCAAGAUGAGGGAGAUCGUCAUGGCCAGGGGCCGCCGCGGCACCGACAAGCAGGAGGCGGUGGAGAUGCUGACCUACCUGGCCACCGUGGCGCGCGGCGCGGCGCAGAAGUUCGAGGUCCUGGCGCAGCUGAACGCCAGCCUGUUCGACCUGAACCCGGGCAUGCACGGCCACCUGCCCACCGCCACGUGGCGCAAGGCUGUGGUCAACCUGCUGGAGAUGCUGCGCAUCCUGCAGGAGAACCCCAACCUCAAGGUGGACGAGGGUGUGGACCAGCUGGAGGAGCGCACCGAGCAGCCCGCCGACGGCGCCGAGACCAAGGUGUGGGGCAACGUGGUGGCCAAUGUGGAGCGCAUGGACGACGAGCUGUUCAAGAGCCUGCAGGUCAUUGACCCGCACACGCACGAGUACAUGGCGCGCCUGAAGGACGAGCCGGUGUUCCUGGCCUUCGCCUCCAAGGUGCUGGACUACUGCAACCGUGUGGGCGACGCCGCGGGUGCCACCAAGAGCGCCAUGCGACUGGUGGAGCACCUGUACUACAAGACCGACGCCGUGUACGACGCCAUCCGCAAGCUGACCAUUGCGCAGCAGUCGGCGUCCGCCGCCGCCGCCGCUGCCGCCGAGGCGGCUGAGGCUGAGGCCGAGGGCGCGGAGGAGAGCGGCGCCGGCGCGGGCGAGGAGAUCGCCAAGGUGGCCGUGCUCAUCCCCGCCGACUACGCCAUGCCCGAGGCCGGCAGCGAGCUGCUGCGCGGCCUGGUGGGGCUGGUGUUCCGGCAGGGCGACGAGCGCAGCAAGGCGAGAGCCAUGCUGUGCCUCAUCUACCACACGGCCAUCCACGACGACUUCCACGGCGCUCGUGACCUGCUGCUGAUGAGCCACCUGCAGGACUCGAUCGGCCACAUGGACACCAGCACCAUGAUCCUGUACAACCGGGCUCUGGCGCAGCUGGGCCUGGCCGCCUUCCGCGCCGGCCUGGUGGCGGAGGCGCACGCCUGCCUCAACGAGCUGUACGGCAGCGGACACAUCAAGGAGCUGCUGGCGCAGGGCAUGUCGAUGGGCAAGUACCACGAGAAGACGCCGGAGCAGGAGCUGGCUGAGAAGCGGCGGCAGAUGCCCUUCCACAUGCACAUCACGCUGGAGCUGCUGGAGAGCGCCUACCUCACCAGCGCCAUGCUGCUGGAGGUGCCCAACAUGGCCGCUAACCCGCUCAACCCCAAGAAGAAGAUGAUCUCCAAGCCCUUCCAGCGCAUCUGGGACACCUAUGCGCGCCAGGCCUUCACCGGCCCGCCCGAGAACGUGCGCGACCACGUCAUGGCCGCGAGCAGGGCGCUGGCGCAGGGCGACUGGUCCAAGUCGUACGGCUACAUCAAGUCGCUGAACGCCUGGAACCUGGUGGGGCGCAAGGAGCAGUUGCUGGGUCUGCUCAAGUUGCGCAUCCAGGAGGAGGCGGUGCGCACCUACUUGCUCAGCUACGCCGGACAGUACGCCUCGCUGUCACUGGACCAGCUGGCAAGCAUGUUCGAGCUGCCAGACCGCCAGAUCUACAGCAUCGCGUCCAAGAUGAUGAUCGCGGAGGAGCUGGCGGGCAGCUGGGACCAGCCCACCCGCACCAUCGUCAUGCACGCCAACGAGGCCAGCCACGUGCAGCGCCUGGCGCUGCAGCUCGCCGACAAGGCCGCAGUGGUGGUCGACCUCAACGAGCGCGCGCUCGCCUACCGCACCGGAGGCCUGCGCGACGCCGAUGACGAGGGCGGAGCCGGCGGCGGCGGCGGCCGCCGCGGCCGCCGCGACGGCGGCCAGUGGGCCGACGACGAGGGCGGCGCGGGCGGCCGCAGCCGCGGCGGGCCGCGGGUGCCCAACAUGGCCGCUAACCCGCUCAACCCCAAGAAGAAGAUGAUCUCCAAGCCCUUCCAGCGCAUCUGGGACACCUAUGCGCGCCAGGCCUUCACCGGCCCGCCCGAGAACGUGCGCGACCACGUCAUGGCCGCGAGCAGGGCGCUGGCGCAGGGCGACUGGUCCAAGUCGUACGGCUACAUCAAGUCGCUGAACGCCUGGAACCUGGUGGGGCGCAAGGAGCAGUUGCUGGGUCUGCUCAAGUUGCGCAUCCAGGAGGAGGCGGUGCGCACCUACUUGCUCAGCUACGCCGGACAGUACGCCUCGCUGUCACUGGACCAGCUGGCAAGCAUGUUCGAGCUGCCAGACCGCCAGAUCUACAGCAUCGCGUCCAAGAUGAUGAUCGCGGAGGAGCUGGCGGGCAGCUGGGACCAGCCCACCCGCACCAUCGUCAUGCACGCCAACGAGGCCAGCCACGUGCAGCGCCUGGCGCUGCAGCUCGCCGACAAGGCCGCAGUGGUGGUCGACCUCAACGAGCGCGCGCUCGCCUACCGCACCGGAGGCCUGCGCGACGCCGAUGACGAGGGCGGAGCCGGCGGCGGCGGCGGCCGCCGCGGCCGCCGCGACGGCGGCCAGUGGGCCGACGACGAGGGCGGCGCGGGCGGCCGCAGCCGCGGCGGGCCGCGGGUGGGCGGGCCGCCACGGGGCAUGGGCGGCCGUGGCGGUGGAGACCGCGGUGACCGCGGCGGCGGCCGCGGUGGUGGUCGUGGUGGCGGCAUGGGCGGCGGCCGGGGCGGCGGCAUGGGCGGCGGGUACGGCGGGCGUCGGGAAGGCGGCAUGGGCGGCGGCGGCGGCGGCUUUGGCGGCGACCGCUCCGGCCCGCGCGGGUUCGGGCGGCCCGGCGGUAUGGGCAUGGGCGGCGGCGCGGGCGGCGGCAUGGGCGGCGGCGGCAUGUCGGCCCUGGGCAACCUGCGCGGCGGCCCGCGCGGCGACCGCGACGGCGGCCAGCGGCCGUAGACGACGUGGGUGCGGUGGUGGUGGGCUGUGUCGUGGCGGCGCGUGUGCAGUCGUGGCGGCGUAGUGGGAGUCGAGGUGCUGAAAGGUGGUGGGAGCGGGUGGCAAUGAGGAGGGGAGGAGGCUGGGGGGCGGAGGCGUGUAGCAUUUGCAGCAGCAUUAGGCAGCGCGUGUGUUUGUGUGGUUGGCUUCCCGGGGGGUGUGUGGAGGCGCUCACGCCGGCGCUUGCAGCUCUGUCGCGGCUGCUCGUGUCCGUUGCGCUGACGCCGGUGCUGCCCUGGUUCUGAGCAGGUGGGCAGCAGAGAGUGUGUGUGUGCCUGCGCGUGGAGCAAGGUGGAAGGUGGCAGAAGCUAGAACAAAUAUCCUGGCGUGCGGACGGAGCGCGAGGUGCACGAGUUUCUCGGCUGCUCGUUGGUUGGCUCUUAGACUGUGCGUGUGUGUAUGUGGUGUAGUGUAGGCGCCGGGACCCAAGCGCGCAGGGGUUGACGGGUCGUGCACACACGCCCGUGGGCUAAGCAAUGUUCGUGCGCACGUGUGCGCGGAACCACGAAGGUGCUUGGGCAGCGGUCUGCUGAUUAUGCACACGACCAUUUAAAUUUCUAU